CCGGCGCGGCGGUUCGCGGCCGGGCAGGUGCGCGCAGACGGGGCGACCCUAUAAAUAGGGGCGGGAGCGGCCGGCGUGGCUCGGCUCGGCUCGGCGCGAUGGAGAUCUGGAGCAGCUCCGCCGGCUACGACGAGCUGAACGGGAACGCGGAGCGGGGCAGCGGCGCCGACCCCAUCGCCCGGGAGCUGGAGGAAGUCCUGUGCGCUGAGCGUGUGGUCAGGAUCACGAAGACCUACCACGACAUCGACGCUGUCACCAACCUGCUGGAUGAGAAGGAGCGGGACCUGGAGCUGGCAGCGCGCAUCGGGCAGUCCCUGCUGAAGCAGAACCGGAGCCUGACGGAGCGCAACGAGCUCCUGGAGGAGCAGCUGGAGUUGGCCAAAGAGGAGAUCGCGCAGCUGCGCCACGAGGUCUCCAUGCGGGACGACCUGCUCCACUUCUACACCACCACGACAGAGGAGAGCGAGCCCACCUCUGCCACCUCCACGCCGCUGCGCCGGCACGAGUCCUCGCUGUCCCUGCAGCAGUACUUCCAGUACGACACCCUGCAGCAGAAGCUCAAGAGCCUGGAGGAGGAGAACCAGAAGCUCCGCAUGGAGGCCUCCAACAUCGCAACCGAGACCUCUCAGUACGAGGACCAGGAGCAGCAGCUGAUGAUCGACUGUGUGGAGCAGUUCUCCGAAGCAAGCCAGCAGGUCGUUUACCUCUCGGACGAGCUGGCCCGCAAGGCGGAGGACACGGCGCGGCAGCAGGAGGAGAUCAGCCAGCUCCUGGCGCAGGUCGUGGACCUGCAGCAGAAGUGUCGCACGUACGGCUCGGAGGUGGAGGAGCUCCAGCAGCACCUGGCCGUGGCGAAGGAGGUGCAGCAGCAGCUCCGGACGGAGCUGCGGGACCUGCAGGAGAAGUACGCCGAGUGCGGGGGGAUGCUGCAGGAAGCCCAGGAGGAGGUGAAGAGCCUGCGCAGCCGCAGCCUGCCCAACAGCACCGUCAGCCGCUACGGUGCCCCCAGCCUCCUGCCUGUGGGCUCACUGGCGGCUGAGAUCAAGGGGACGAUGAGGAAGGGGACAGACAGCUCCUCCUCGGACUACAGGAGCUGCCUGCGCGUCUUUGAGACGGUGAAAGCAGUGAACCAGGUGGCCAAAGCCAAGUCUUGCUCCGAGUCUCCCCACAACGUGCCGGGCUCCAAGCAGUUGUCGGCUGCCCCCUCCGGGGGGGCCAGCACCCCCCGCACCGGCUGCUCCGGCUCGGAGGGCGCCCACGGUGAGGGGGCCGGAGAGGAGCCACGGGCGGCCCCGGGCCGGCAGGACCUGGAGGCAGCGGUGCAGCGGCUGUCGGUGCGGCAGCAGAGCCACGUCUCCGAGGAGCGCUCCUUCUUCGAGGCGGAGCGGGAGCGCAAGCUGUGGCGGCUGCGGGACGGGGAGAGCUCCAGCGGCUUCCUCACCCCCAACGAGAGCGUCGUCUCCACCGGGACCAACUACUCGGGGGGCUCGGAGCUCACCGCCGGCUCCGGCUUCUCCCUCAGCUCCCUCACCUACCUGCCCGACAAGCUGCAGAUCGUGAAGCCCCUGGAAGGCUCGGUGACACUCCACCACUGGCAGCAGCUGGCACGGCCCAACCUGGGCGGGAUCCUGGUGCCCCGUCCUGGGGUGCUCACCAAAGACUUCAGGCAGCUGGACAUUGACCUGGAGGAGGUCUACAGCCUCAACGACCUGGAGGAGGACGACGUGGACGCCAGCUCCUUCCAGCUGCUCCCUACCUCAACACCCACCAAAGCCAAGGAGCGCCCCGGGGUGUUCCUCUCUGUUAACAACCUCCCCCAGACCCCGUCUACCUUCACCAUCACCACCUGCCACAUCCUCCACCCCACCACUGAGAUCACCACGGUGACACCCAGUCUGUAUAACACCGUCGUGCCUUCUUGUGGGCCCCUUGCGGGGCUGAGCCUCGGCAGCCCCUCGCUGGAGCCGACUUCCCCCGUGCUGGCGCCUGGCCCCGGACCCCCGAGCACCCCCGUGGGACUCGUCAGGCUUCUGCUGCUGUGGGGCAUCUCCGCCUCCGUGCCGGGGACUGGGUCAUGGUGGGCCCCUCGGCUCCUCUCCCAGGACCCCCCUGGGACCCAGCCCUCGCCUGCGGGUGGGGGGCAGGACAGACCCCCACCCAGGAGCAGCAUCUUCAGCUUGAACCUGGUGGAGAAGCUGCGGCGGCUGGGGCUGGACAAGGUGGUGGCCAGAGGGGAGAUGUCCUACGCCCGGGGGGAGCGUGGGGGAGCCCGGGGCGCGCUGACGUGACGGCACCGCGGAGCCCCUGAGCUCAGGACAAGACGCGUCCUCCGUCCUCUUCGUCGCCCGUCCGUGGGGAAAUGGAGAUGGGACAGGCCUUCAGCCUCAGCUCCCGGUGGUGCCCUGGGGACCCGGCAGCACUCCCUGGCUGCCAGGGGACAACCCUGCGGUGCCUGGGGUUGUGCUCCCCCAGCCCCGUGUCACACAGCCGCGGGGGUCCCGGCGGCAGAGAGCUGCGCGGGGCGAUGCUCUGGGAGGAGCCAGCUCCGGGCAGGGGGUGCCGGCUGACCCUGUCCCCCGCUGCGGGGCAUGGACCCUUCGCAGGAGCCGGUUGUUGGCAAUAAAAACUGUUCCUGCUUCUGCUGAGCCUGUCCGAGGAGCGAGGGACAGCUCGGCCCUUCGGGGCCCCUGGGCUGCCGCAGCGAAGGGCGAUGCUCAGCCUGGUCACAGGGAGCAGGGGGGGACCCGCCUGUGCUGGGGUGAGACCUCCUGCCCCCGGCCAGCACCUGGGCUGGCUUUUAAAGGGAAUAGUGGUUUUAAAUGCUUUCCUGCCCACGGAGUAGCAGUAGCGGCAGCACCCCCGGCGCGGGGGAUGCCUGCAGUGGGUGUUUCUCGGGGUGUAGCUGUUGGUCCCUCUGGCUGCGUCCCUCGCCCCGGCCCUGUCCCCCUGUCAAAUAAAUGUGAAGUCACGAAGCAGCUC